AUGGCAGCUCCUGUCACUGGGAAUAAAGAUCAAAAGACAGAUUCCCUGGGAAUGGAAAUUCAAGAGGCGACAGAGAAAAGCAUCAGGACAUCAUUUCAAGCCCAUGCAUCAAGCUUCAUGAGUACUGCUACCACUGAUUGCAACGCAACAUCCUUUUCCAGCUUGAAUGAAAAUGAAGAUGAAAUUGAGCUACAGUGGGCUGCAAUUGAAAGACUGCCCACUUUUAGACGGCUUACGCUGUCAUUGUUUGACAAAAAGGAAGAUGGCAAAGAAGAGGAAGGCAAGAGGGUGGUUGACGUUACCAAGCUUGAAGCUCUUGAACGUCAUGUUUUCAUCGACAAACUUGUAAAGAAAAUCGAGGAAGAUAAUUACAAGCUAUUAAGCAAGUUGCAAGAAAGAAUAGACAAGGUGGGUCUGGAAUUGCCAACCGUGGAAGUGAGAUACCAGAAUUUGUCUGUGGAGGCAGAAUAUGAAGUGGUUCAAGGAAAGCCCUUUCCUACUCUUUGGAACACCCUCAAAAAUGCGAUGACUCUAUUGCUUGGUCCACCAGGCUGUGGGAAGACCACUUUAUUACAGGCACUUACAGGGAAGCUCGAUCAGUCCUUGAAGGUCGAGGGGGAAAUAUCAUACAAUGGUUACAAAUUCAAUGAGUUUGUGCCUCAGAAGACAUCAGCUUAUAUAAGCCAAUAUGACGAGCUCAUUUCUGAAAUGACCGUGAGGGAAACUCUAGACUUUUCUGCUCGUUGUCAAGGCAUUGGAGGCAGAGCAGAUAUUAUGAAAGAAAUCAGUAGAAGGGAGAAGCAAGCUGGCAUUGUCCCAGAACCAGAUAUAGACACCUACAUGAAGGCAACUUCAAUUGAAGGAUUGAAAAGGACUAUCCAAACAGACUAUAUAUUGAAGAUCCUUGGGCUGGACAUUUGUGCUGAUACAAUUGUGGGAGAUGCAAUGAGGAGCGGAAUUUCAGGUGGUCAAAAGAAACGGCUAACAACAGGUUGGCCAGCUCCUGAGACCUUUGAUCUCUUCGACGACAUUAUCUUGAUGGCAGAGGGAAAGAUUGUAUACCAUGGGCCUCGAGAUAAUGUUCUGAAGUUCUUUGAACACUGCGGUUUUAGGUGCCCGUCACGAAAGGGCAUUGCUGACUUCCUUCAAGAAGAAUUUCAUGUGGGACAAAAGCUCGAAGAGGACCUCUCCAGGCCUUUAAAGAAAUCUGAAAGCCAUAAAAAUGCUCUUUCCUUCAACAUUUACUCCUUAAGAAAAUGGGAACUAUUCAAAGCUUGCAUGGAUAGAGAAUGGCUGCUUAUGAGGCGCAACUCAUUUGUUUAUGUAUUCAAAUCAGUACAGCUUGUAGUCAUUGCAUUAAUGACAAUGACAAUGUUCAUACGUAGUCGGAUGAAUAUUGACAUGGUCCAUGCAAACCUCUACAUGGGUUCCUUGUAUUAUGCUCUCAUUAGACUAAUGAGCAAUGGAAUUGCCGAAUUAUCAUUGACUGUACAGAGAAUGCCAGUAUUUUACAAGCAAAGGGAUUUCUACUUUUAUCCUUCGUGGGCUUAUUCUGUUCCAGCUGCCAUUUUAAAGAUUCCCUUUUCGUUGCUAGACGCUUUUCUUUGGACAGCUCUUACCUAUUACGGAAUCGGUUUCAGUCCUGAACCAGAAAGGUUUUUCUACCAGUUCUUUCUUCUUUUCCUUGUUCAUCAAAUGUCCAUAUCAAUGUUCCGUUUUAUUGCUUCCAUGGUUCCGAAUCCAUCUAUUGCAUCAACAUAUGGUCUUCUCGCUCUAUUAAUCAUGUUUCUAUUUGGUGGAUUUGUAAUUAAACAACCUUCUUUACCUCCUUGGUUGAGGUGGGGCUUUUGGCUCUCUCCACUGGCAUAUGCUGAAAUUGGUGCAUCUUUAAACGAAUUCCUUGCUCCGAGGUGGCAAGAGGUUUCAUCUUCCAAUAUUACAAUAGGAUUAAUUGGAUUUUGGAUAGUUUUCAACAUUGGAUUCACCUGUGCACUCAGUUAUUCGAAAGCCCCUGGGAGAUCUCGGACCAUAAUUUCCCAAGAAACGCUCUCCAAUCUCAAGAGAAAACAAGAUUUAGCCAACAUACCUCAGGAAAAAGCAUCGCCUGAAACACCAAAAUCUGCGGCAGAAAAGGAGAAUAUCAGAAUGGUUUUGCCUUUUGAGCCCAUAACAAUAUCCUUUCAGAAUGUGCAAUAUUUUGUUGACACUCCUAAGAUACUGAAAAAGCAAGGUUUUCCUCACAAAAGGCUACAGCUUCUUCAUGAUAUCACUGGUGCCUUCAGACCUGGGAUUCUUACAGCAUUGAUGGGUGUUAGUGGAGCUGGGAAAACAACACUAAUGGACGUUCUUUCUGGAAGAAAAACAGGUGGUAUUAUUGAAGGGGAGAUAAGAAUUGGAGGAUACCCUAAAAUCCAAAAGACCUAUGCUAGAAUAUCUGGUUAUUGUGAACAAACAGAUAUUCAUUCUCCACAGAUUACAGUAGAAGAGUCAGUAAUGUACUCAGCUUGGUUGCGGUUGCCAGCUCAGAUUGACAGAAGGACAAGAUCUGAAUUUGUAGCAGAAGUUAUUGAAAUGAUUGAGCUUGAUGAAAUCAAAGAUGCAUUGGUUGGCCUCCCUGGUGUUAGUGGUAUAUCUACUGAGCAGCGAAAACGGCUAACUAUUGCCGUAGAACUUGUUUCCAACCCAUCUAUAAUAUUCAUGGAUGAACCCACCUCUGGUCUGGAUGCUAGAGCAGCUGCAAUCAUCAUGCGAGUUGCGAAGAAUAUUGUUAAUACAAACAGGACAGUUGUGUGCACAAUUCACCAGCCAAGUAUUGAUGUCCUUGUGGCAUUUGAUGAGCUCAUUUUGAUGAAAAGAGGAGGACAAAUGAUAUAUUCUGGAGAGCUUGGUCAGAAUUCAAGUAAGCUUAUUGAGUAUUUUGAGUGCAUUCCUGGAGUUCCCAAAAUCAAAGAAAAUUACAACCCUGCAACAUGGAUGUUAGAGGUUACCAGUUCUUCUACAGAAACUCAACUUGGUUUAGAUUUUGCACGUCUCUACAAGGAAUCCCAUCUCUUCGAGAAAAAUGAAGAGUUGGUUAAUAGACUGAGCCUUCCAGCACAGGGUUCCAAGGAAUUGCAUUUUUCUACCCGAUUUCCACAAAAUGCUUGGCAACAAUUUAAGGCAUGUCUUUGGAAACAAGAGUUGUCUUACUGGAGAAGCCCUAAAUAUAACUUGGUUCGGUUGAUAUUUAUCAUCGUUUCUUCUUUGAUAUUCGGAGCACUUCUUUGGCAGAAAGGACAGAAAAUAAACGGUGAACAGGACUUCUUCGACAUACUGGGAUCUAUUUUCGUGUUUGUGCAGUUCGCAGGAGUAAACAACUGUUCAUCUGUUCUGCCAUUUGUAGCUACUGAACGCACCAUUGUAUACCGAGAAAGGUUUGCUGGAAUGUACUCCCCAUGGGCAUACUCAUUUGCACAGAAAAUGCCUAGAUGGUGGGCCUGGGGUUAUUGGAUUUGUCCAACUGCAUGGUCCUUGAAAGGCCUUCUUACAUCACAGUUUGGUGAUAUAGAAAAGGAAAUUACAGUAUAUGGAGAGCGGAAAUCAAUCAGUUCCUUCUUACAAAGUUAUUUUGGGUAUAAACAUGAUGAUUUAGGUGUUGUGGCCGUUGUUCUUCUUGCUUUUCCAGUUCUCUUUGCACUCACUUUUGGAAUUGCCAUAGCAAAACUGAACUUCCAAAGAAGGUAA